UUAAUCAGACCAGACAAGGUGCCACGUGACAGUCAAGCAAGAGCUUUGAGAUACUUCAUGUUUGUCAGUUCCGUGAAUCUCUCGGCUGCCAGCCUUCAUCCGCUGAUCAAAUAUCCAAAGCAGAAAUCUUGUUUCCGGCGAAACAGAUUUAUUAAAAGGAAGAAGAAAGAAACAAUUUCUGGUAGAAAAUCCCCCAAUUCGCGAGAAAAUUUCACGCUUCGAUAAAUACUGUAAGAUGGGCGUUGACUGGACCCAACUUCCGCCAGAACUCCUACAAUCCAUCUCGGAAAACCUCAAAAUCUACGCCGAUUACAUCCGUUUCCGAGCCGUGUGCCGCAGCUGGAGAUCCUCAAUCCCUAAAACCCCUUUCCACCUCCCUCCUCAGCUCCCCUGGCUCAUGCUCCCUCCUUCCCAAUCUCAUCAAUCUCACCGCGCCUUCUACGAUCUCUCUACCAAGAGACUUCGAUUCCUCUCCCUCCCCGAAUCUUCCAACCCAAACAAGCGCCACUGCGGCUCUUCCCACGGCUGGCUCAUCAUCCUAGACGAAUCCCCUACUAUUCUCCUCUUGAACCCUCUCUCCCGAGCCAAACUCCACCUCCCUCCUCUCUCCACCUUCCCGAACGUCGACAGUUUUAACUACUCCGACAUCGGGAAGGAGUAUUCCCUCCGCUCCCCUUCCGGAGGCCGUUACACCCGCAAUUUGCGGCAAAUGCGAGACUCGUUCAUCAAAAAAAUCGUGCUCUCCGCCAAUCCUUCCAAGGACCCUCGUUUCGUGGCAAUAGCGAUUCUUAAUCAAACCGGUGAGUUAGCUUACUGCAAAAACGGCGACAAAUCUUGGCGCUUUAUCGAAGGUGCGCAUCCCUAUUCCGAGGAUGUUAUAUAUUGUAGGGGAUUGUGUUUCGCUGUUGAUAAACACGGAGGAAUUGUAAUCUGUGAUGUUCGCAAUGAUUCGCCUAGAAUUUCAUUUAUUGAAACGCCGAGACAGUUAGGCGGUGAUAUGCAAUAUUUGGUUAAUUCUGGAGAUGAAUUGUUACUCGUUACGCGUCACCUUGAUCUUGAUUUCGAUUUCGAGCCUGAUCAGUCGCAUUUGGUCUUCAGGACUAAGCGGUUCGAGGUUUCUAGGCUAAUUUGGAAUGGACCGUAUUGGGAGAGAGUGAAUAGUUUAAACGAUAAGAUGGUGUUUGUAGGUGAAAAUUCUUCAUUAUCUUUGUCAGCUUCUUAUUUUACAGGUUGUAUGGGGAAUUGCGUGUAUUAUACAGAUGAUUACUCGGAAACUAAUUAUGGUGGUGCUUUUGGGGAACAUGAUAUUGGUAUUUACAAUUUAUGGGAUGGGAGCAUUGAGCCAUUGCCUUGUUAUCCACGGAAUUCUUUCUUCAGAUUGGGUUGGCCAACACCACUUUGGGUUACACCUAGUCCAUGCUAAUAUGGAGCAUGAAUGUAUACGUACGUAUCUUCCUUUGAUUUGCUACUAGUUUCAUGUAAAAAUAUGUACAUGAUCGGUAUCUUUGGUAUAUAUGAUGUUGUAUGAAAAUUGCGUCUUCUGUAUAUGCUGCUUCAUCUUUGUGCUUGAGAUGUUUAUAUAUGUAUAAAUCUCAGCAAACACUUGCUCUGGUGAGACGUUAUAGUUUGUAAUGAUAUUGUAAUUUAUCUGAAAUCGUUGGUGUAUUCCGUUGAA